AUGCUGGAUGACAUGACGCUCCACUUUGAAUCCAAUACCUAUCCGGAUUCCCUUUAUGAGGAGUUUUCCAACUGCAUGGCGAAAUGGGGUGUUGAGCGUCUUGAAGAGACCCAAGAUGUGGCUUUUCAGGCCUUCUAUGAUACUUAUCUGGCAGGUGGUAUAGCGGAUGAUGCAUGGGGCAACAGACAAGACAAUUUUGUCGAGUCGAGACUGAAUAAAUCCGCAAUCUUUGGGACUGCAUACAGGACCUAUGAAAUACAAGAGCCGUGUAACUAUGCAAGCAAUAUUGCAUUCCACCGCUCGGCUGUCCGUGUGUGCGACAGAAAGACAUGGAGUCUCCCAGUUUCAGAUCAAAUUGCUCUGAUGCAGACCUUUGUAACCACUGGAACAUCUUCGGCCUGGUUUCAUGGGAGCUUAACAGAUGUUGGACGACAGUUUGAUGGAUUCUUGGUAUCCCAUUUGAUUAACACAGGCUAUCAGCUGGCAAUCCGCGGCACAAGUGCCAACACCACAAUCCUCUUGACUGUGACCGAAGACCUUGAGCCUACUCCAUUUGCUCAGAUUUCAAGGGACCUUGCAUAUAUGCCACUUAAUUUUAGUGUUUCAGAAUGGGAAUCAUACAUGAAUACAUUGCCACUGCUGCGAAGAUACAACAGAGUGGCAGUGGCAUUGAUGACAGUGGCCUGUGCGGGAUUCUUCCCAUUUUCUAUUUGCGAGUGCCUCGUGGUUGACGUCGUGGCCCCGGUAUUCCUUGACGAGAAUGAUUUAGAUUUCAUUUUGAACAAGUACGUUCCAGAACUGAAGGUCCUUAUCGAGACUGACGACCUCCCACUUGGACUAUCAGAGGGUGGUGCACUAUGCAUCAGGAUGCUGGGAGCUGUGCUUGGAGUCUUGUGGGCGUUUCUAUUCCAGGAGAAUCAACUGCCCAUUCCUGGUUUGGAAGGAGAAGUUUUCAAUCUCACUGCUUUGGGUGCAAUAAAAAGCCCCGCGGUGGAUGUGUUGCUCUACCUCAUUCACGGCGUUAAAAACAGCGAUAAGCGAGGAUGGCUUGGACCGGACCGAAGAAGCCAUCCUUACCCAGGUGCUGAGUUUUGCAACAAAGACUCUCCCCACGCACUAUAUCACGGAUUAAUUGCAGAUGGCAUGUUUGAGUUAUAUGCAGUAGUUGAUCAGGUGGAGGAAGUUCUGACCAAGCGCAACAACCGCAGGAGGAGGAUGACAGAGUCACGGUCACUGGAGGAGGAGGUCCAAGACAUGAGCACUUUGCAUGGCUUGAGGGGCAAGAACGAAGCGGAUUUUCUCUCCUUUUGA